UAGUAAUUAACAUGGAAAAACAAAACUUAGUUUGCAUCCCAAAUCUUGAAAAGCACAUGGAAAAACAAAACUCAUUUCAUGCAUGAACUUAUAGGGUGCAUACUUAGUUUUCUGUUUAGAAAAUCCCAAAAUCAAGAUUUGGACAAAAAAUUGCAUCCUGUAACUUUUACUUGUACCAUAAUUUGGGUAUCCAAAUGCACAUGUCUAGCUUUCAAUUUUCACUCUCCAUAUGUAGUUGCUUGUAUUAUGUCAUUACCAUUUUACUAAACCUCAAUUUCAUAUUUUUAACUGGCAACUUGGUUUUGCAGUUGAACAAAAAUGGUGGUUGCUACAGUGAUAGUCUUAAGCGCUGCAAUGUAGAAAUGGGACCUGCAGAUCAAAACAUAGCUGCCAAAAGACUUCAAGAUCCAAAUUUUAGGCAAAUUAUCAAUGGUGGCACUUCAUCAUCAAACCCUACCAAUGUUGUGGACACUCAGAUUAGUAUUAAUGCAGGCAAAAACCUCAAUGCUCCUACUUUGGGAUUGGCAAUAGAUCAAACAGUUGGUGGUACUCCAAAUCCGGAUGCUCCAAAAGUUCUGCAACUCUCCUCCACUGAUGCAGCCACCACACUCAAAGAUCUGCAACUUCUCAAUGUUGGAACUCCAGCACCAAACUUUAUCAGCAACAAUGUUUCUGGCACUCAAACUGCUCCAAAUGCAUCAACACAACCUGGUGUUAUUAUCAGAGACAAUGCUUCCGAGGGAAAAAGGGUCCAUGAAGAAUAUAAAGGCUGGUCUUAUUGUCCUACCACCAAUGCAAAUUUGGAAAGCUUGUUGAAACGACACAGAGAAAUGUAUUCAAUUUCCAACAGCGACAUGCAGCGUCUCUUGUCCAAAUUCUCAGGGCCAAAGACUAAUCAAGCACCGGUUGUGACCAGAUUCGAUGACUCGAAUCAAUCACUUUUUCAUAAGCCAAUGGCGCAAUGCGCCAUGUGGUCAAGCUCUUUGAUUCCAAGAGCUCUUGCUAAUCUAGACAUGAAUCUGGGAGGACAAUCUUUUCUUCCUUCACAAGCUUCAGGCUUUUCAGGAUGGGUGAAUCCAAUAACUCCUAUGAUGACUUAUGCUGACUUGCAGAGGAGGCUUGGAGUGAUGAACCCUAUGGGCCCAUUUCUCAUGCCAGAAGAGCCCAAGUCACCAUCAGAGCUUGCAGUGGGCCCCUCAAGCAGCAAUCAAAUGGAGAAUGUGGAGGGAAGAAAUGCAGAACAGGCACAAGAGGAUGAAGUGAAUGGUGAUGAGGAGCUAGACUUGGAUCUUAAACUCUGAGUAUUGAAGAUAAUCAGACAUGACUCUUUUAUGGAUCACCUUAGUAUUGAAGUUGUUUUGAAGUACUCUUCUGUUUAGAAAUUGUUUUGAAUUGAAAAAGAAAGGGUACAUUUGUUUGGUUUAUAGACCAAUAAUUUAAGAUGAGCUUGACUAAAUAAUUUAAGGGUACUCUUUGUGUUCCAAGGGACAUACCAACUAUAGAUAUAUAGUGUCUGAAUAGUAUU